GCAAUUAUUGUCAGUUUAUUUGCAAUUUAUGUGAGCAAUGGGUCUACGAGUCGGCCAAAUAUCAUAGUGUUUGUUGCGGACGACUUAGGCUGGGGUGACGUGGGUUUCCGAUCGGAUCAGUUGCUGACGCCUAAUGUGGACACACUAUCGGCGGAUGGGAUUGUAUUAAACAAUUACUACACUUCGCCGGUGUGUUCCCCGAGUAGAGGGGCUCUACUGACUAGUGUUCACCCGAUUCACAGCGGAUUACAAAACUAUGUCAUUUUAACGGCCUCUCCCUGGGGGUUGCCAUUGAAUCUCAAAACUUUGCCACAAUAUCUCAAACAUUACGAUUACAGCACACAUGCAGUCGGCAAAUGGCAUUUGGGUUUCUAUCGACACGAAUUUACUCCAGUGUAUCGGGGGUUUGACUCUCAUGUGGGCUAUUGGUCCGGUUCUGGAGACUAUUUCGAUCACACGGCCCUCGAAGACAAACGCUUCUGGGGUCUCGACUUCAGACACAACUUGGAUCUCAUUACGAACGCCACCGGAAUCUAUUCAACCCAUUAUUUUACGGACAGAUCUCUGCGGAUAAUAGUUGACCAUAACGUGUCUCAGCCAUUGUUUCUAUACGUGGCCUAUCAGGCCGUUCACGGGGCCAACAAUUACGCCCGACUACAGGCCCCCCAGAAGUACAUUGAUAUGUUCGGUCACAUUAAGUCCACAGAUCGGCGGAUAUUCGCCGCAAUGGCUUACGCUAUGGACGAGUCGAUCGGACUUAUAGUUAACAAAUUGAAUGAACAGAAAAUGUUGGAAAACAGUAUUUUAGUGUUCGUUAGCGAUAACGGCGGACCCGCCAGUGGUUUCACAGGAAACGCUGCCUCCAAUUGGCCUCUAAGAGGAGUUAAGGCAACGCUCUGGGAGGGAGGCAUUAGAGUUCCGGCAUUUAUUUGGAGUCCUUUACUGAACAAAACGGGUUACGUCUCCAACGCUUUGAUUCACGUCUCAGAUUUAUUGCCCACUAUUUUGGACGCUAUCGGCGCUCAGCAUCUCAUCCAAAACACAACAACAAAAACUCCGAUUUAUGGUGUAUCGCAAUGGCAAACACUUUCAAACAACGGCCGGAGCGCCCGUUCAGAGCUCGUCCAUAAUAUCGAUCCCGUUUGGAAUGUGUCUGCCAUCAGAUCCGGCGAUUGGAAACUACUUCAAGGUCUGGUGUUUGCCAAUUGGUCCCAAUGGUACCCACCCUUUGGACACUCGCCUCAAGACCUCACACGUCCAUUACUGGGCGCUCACGAAUCGGUCUCUCGUUUCCAAUCGAUCCGCGAUUGGCAUCGAUUUAGUUGUCAAUCAAAUAAAGUUCUCAUGCGUUUGAAAAGACACCCAAAUUAUGAUGUAUUGAGCGAUAGUAUUAUCGAUUGCGGACCGAAACCGGCCAACGCUUCCAUCAAUUGUAAGCCUGAUAUUGAUUUAUGUUUAUAUGAUGUGAGGUCUGAUCCGUGCGAAUACCAUAACGUCGCCAAUAAAUAUCCACAAGUGGUUAAACUUUUGUGGAAUAAAUUACUGACGAUUAACGAAACGGCUGUAAAUCCUGGAACCAAACCAAGUGAUCCCUCAUGUGAUCCCGCGCUUCACAACUAUGCCUGGAGUUGUUGGAGAGACUCGCAGGGGGUUCAGCAUUAA